UCUUUUUCCGUGCCUCCUUCCUUCCUGUCUCCUCCUCUCGGCGGUGGAGAAGUCAAAUGUCGUGGGCGGCGGCGGCGGCGAGAAAGCUCGCCGGAAUCUCUCAGUCGAGCGAUCCACCAGCCUUGACUGGUGGUCUUCUCUACCGCUCCUAUGGAAGCGGCUCCAGCGGAAGCCGAAAGAGAUCGCUGCCUUGGAGGGUCGUGUCGAUCGGUGCCAUCAGCCUUGCUGGGGGGCUCGUGCUCAGCGCCGUUAACGACCUCGCCAUCUUCCAUGGAUGUACAACUAAGGCAAUUGAGAAGGCGGCUGACAACCCAAAGGUUGUCGAAGCAAUUGGAGUGCCUAUAGUCAGAGGACCGUGGUAUGAAGCUUCGCUUGAAGUGGGCCAUCGACGGAGAUCUGUUUCAUGCACAUUCCCUGUAUCUGGGCCACACGGGUCAGGAUCUUUCCAAAUUGAGGCGACCCGAAAUGGAGAGGAUGGAAUGCUUUCCUUUCUGCGGCAUCAUGACUGGGAGAUUCUUACCAUGGAGGCUCAUCUGCAUGUACCUUCAGAUGAUGAGCAGCAGAAAACGUUGGUGAAGGUUGCAAGCAAUGGCAGUGCUCAAUCUGGGGAGCCUGAGUGAGAGUUAAGCUGCCAUAUUCUCAUAUCAUCAGAUCCUUUGUACGAAGGUGAAUCUUGCAAUCAAUGGCAGUGCGCAAUCUGGGGAGCCUGAUAGUUAAGCUGCCAUAUUCUCAUAUCAUUAGACCCUUGAUAUGCUAGUGUAGCUUUUCAAAGGUCUGGUCAUUGGUCAAUCUAUGUGCUUGGUAUGUAGUAGUACUGAAUCUGAUAGAUGGCUGAUAAUGUUUUUGCUGAAGGUGGAUUCAUCCAAGCUAGUAUAUAUGUUACUGACAUGACCUAAAGAGAAGAGAAGCCGUUGCCUUUGUUCCAAAAUUAGCAGCAGCAGAACAACCUGCAAGCACACAGCCAUGCAGGCGGCCAUAUGCUAUUUGUGGCCAGCCAUUAGUUAUAUUGGCCCAGUUUUGGCGGCCAGGGUGCUGGCAACAAGACAACUGGAUGAUUCACUUUCUAGGUAGCCUGUUAUUGAUUCGUCUGUUGCUGCUGCUGCUUCUCGGGCCAAGCCUCGAUCCAAUUACACUGCCUGACGGUCGCCUCCACUCGCCGGCCGGCGGAGCGCACGGCUUGCCACCGCAUCGCCAUUGCGUCCGGCAUCGGGUGUCGUUCUAGACAAUUCCCCAUAGGAUUGGAUCGGGCUGAAUGCUUGGGCAAAUUCGAUUCGAAUUUGCUCAAGCAUUCGUGUCGAUUCCCGGUAGCUGAUCGAUUACUCAAUCAAGGAGGCCAAGUAGAAAAUCGUGCAAGGCGACGAAGAUGGGCAUCUUGUGUUGCUUCCAGUCCCACCACGCCGGCGGCGAGAGCAGUGAUCACGCUGUUCCUUCCUCGUCCACGGCGGCUUCAUCCUCUGUUACCUCAAACAAGGAUCGUCCCCUUCCCGAGCGGCGGCCCGGCGACUACAAGAGCAUCAGGAGCAAUAACAGCGUCGACUACAGCAACCUCGUCACCCUCGUCAACGAGAUCGUCGCCGACUCAGUGAGCUACCGUCACAAGCGCGUGGCCGAGGAGAUCCUCAAGAUGGGCAAGGCCGGCAAGGUGACGGCGCGCGCCUUCACGUACGCCGAGCUCUCCGAGGCCACCGGCGGCUUCCAGCCGGAGUCGGUGCUGGGCGAAGGCGGCUUCGGCCCCGUCUACCGCGGCCGCCUGCCCCCCAGGUCGUCGGGCCCGGAGGUGGCCGUCAAGCAGCUGGACCGCAACGGCGUGCAGGGCACGCGCGAGUUCCUGGUGGAGGCGCUGAUGCUGAGCCUGCUCAAGCACCCUCACCUGGUGACGCUGCUUGGCUUCUGCACCGACUCCGACCACCGCAUGCUCGUCUACGAGUACAUGCCGCUGGGCUCCCUGGAGGACCACCUGCUGGACCUGCCCCCGGGGCGCCCGCCGCUGGACUGGGCCACCCGCAUGCGCGUCGCCCAGGGCGCCGCCCGGGGCCUGGAGUACCUGCACGACACCGCGCGGCCGCCCGUUAUCUACCGCGACUUCAAGGCCUCCAACAUCCUCCUCGACACGGGAUUCCGCGCGCGCCUCUCCGACUUCGGGCUCGCCAAGGUCGGCCCCUCCGGCGACAAGACCCACGUGUCCACACGCGUCAUGGGCACCUACGGCUACUGCGCGCCCGAGUACGCGCUCACGGGCAAGCUCACCACCAUGUCCGACGUCUACAGCUUCGGUGUCGUCUUCCUCGAGAUUGUCACGGGGCGCCGCGCCAUCGACACCGCCAGGGAGCCGGACCAGCACAACCUCGUGCUCUGGGCGGGGCCGCGGUUCAAGGACAAGCGACGGUUCGCCGAGAUGGCCGAUCCGCUGCUCCAGGGGGAGUACCCGACCAAGGGCCUCCACCAGGCGCUCGCCAUCGCGGCCAUGUGCCUCCAGGAGGAUGCCACCAUGCGCCCCGCCAUCAGCGACGUCGUCAGCGCGCUCGAGUAUCUCGUGGUCGCGGGUGGAGGCGCGGGCGAUGACGAGGAGGCUCCGGAUCCCAAUGAGCAGCAGCAAACCGACGACGACGACGCGCAAGCGUAACAUGUCUGAUCAAGGGAAAUUUGAAUUGACCAUACGUGUUCAUUAAUUAUAUGCAUGCAUAGGUAUGUAAAUUCGUAUAUAUAUAUAUACACACUAUGUUGGUGCAUGUAUAUAUCUCUCGUCGAUCGAAGAA